AUGGCACGAAAGUCAGCACCAGGCAGCGCACAAAAGGGUCGCAAAACAGCUGCGACAGCUGCCGCAAAUGAGUCACCAAUACAAGCGCGCAAAGCCGCGAAAGGGAAGCAACCCGCAAAGACAGCUGCCGAUGUCCAACCGGGCGACCCAACCCCUACAGGGCGCCGCCGCCGCUACAAACCAGGCACAAAAGCCCUAAAAGAAAUCCGCCAAUACCAACGCGGCUAUGAGCUGCUCAUCGCGAAACUACCCUUUGCCCGCUUAGUCCGUGAAGUGGCGCUCGACCUUCUCCCCGCUGACGUCGGUGCCGAAUUGCGCUGGCAGUCGCAUGCUAUUCAAGCGCUGCAGGAGGCUGCCGAGGCUUUCCUUGUUCAUCUAUUUGAGGAUACGAAUCUUUGCGCAUUGCAUGCUAAGCGGGUUACUAUUAUGCAGAAGGAUAUUCAGCUUGCGAGGAGGAUUCGGGGUGUGUGGGGUGGUUUAGGGUGA